AUGUACUACAAACAACUAAAAGUGUUCAAACAGAUAAGGAUAGGAGGCCAUUUGUUGGUGGAUUUGAUGUUGUAUUCAAAGCUCCACUCCAAUCCUCCCUUACAACUCCACUUCAGUCCUCUCCCACAGCUCCACUCAAUUCCUCUCCCAGAGCUCCGCUCCAGUCCUCCCCAACAGAACCACUCUAGUCCUCCCCUACAGAACCACUCUAGUCCUCCCCUACAGAACCACUCUAGUCCUCCCCUACAGAACCACUCCAGUCCUCCCCUACAGAACCACUCUAAUCCACCCCUACAGAACCACUCUAGUCCUCCCCUACAGAACCACUCUAAUCCUCCCCUACAGAACCACUCUAGUCCUCCCCUACAGAACCACUCCAGUCCUCCCCUACAGAACCACUCUAGUCCACCCCUACAGAACCACUCUAGUCCUCCCCUACAGAACCACUCUAAUCCUCCCCUACAGAACCACUCUAGUCCUCCCCUACAGAACCACUCCAGUCCUCCCCUACAGAACCACUCUAAUCCACCCCUACAGAACCACUCUAGUCCUCCCCUACAUAACCACUCCAGUCCUCCCCUACAGAACCACUCCACUACACUCCAGUCUUCCCCCACAUCUCCGCUCAAGUCCUCCCAAAUAGAACCACUCCGCUCCUCCCCCUCAGCUCCGCUCCAGUCCUGCCCAACUGCUCUACGCCAGUCAGUCCCCUCCGACAGCUCUGCUUCAGUCCUCACCACAUCUACACUCCAGUCCUUCCCCACAGCUCCGCUCCAGUCCUCCCAAAUAGAACCACUCCGGUCCUUCCCCCACAGCUCCACUCCAGUCCUUCCCAACUGCUCUAAGCCAGUCCUCUCCCACAGCUCUGCUUCAGUCCUCACCACAGCUACACUCCAGUCCUCCCCACACUUCCCAAAUAGAACCACUCCGCUCCUCCCCCACAGUUCCGCUCGUGUCCUUCCAAAUAGGUCUACGCCAGUCCUCUCCCACAGUUCGCUCAAGUCCUCCCCCACAGCUUCGCUCCGGUCCUUUCCAACAUUUCUACGCCAGUCCUCUCCCACAGUUCGCUCAAGUCCUCCCCCACAGCUUCGCUCCGGUCCUUUCCAACAUUUCUACGCCAGUCCUCUCCCACAGUUCGCUCAAGUCCUCCCCCACAGCUCUACACCAGUCCUCUACCAUAGCUUCGCUCCAAUCCUCCCCCGCAGCUCUACCCCAGUCCUCUACCAUAGCUUCGCUCCAAUCCUCCCCUACAGCUCUAUACCAGUCCUCUCCCAUAGCUCCACUCUAUUAUCUAGUCCUCUCCCCACAGCUCCAUUCCAACCCUUCCCCAAGCUUUCCUACAGUUCCACAAUGGUUUUACCCCAACCUUUGGCUCCAAAGGAGCCCCAUCACAAUCCUCUCCCACAACUCCACUCAAGUCCUCUCUCACAACUCCACUCCAGUCCUCCCCCACAGCUCCACCCAUAUCCUCCUCCACAGCUCCGCUCCAGUCCUCCCCCUACAACCCCACGCCUGCCCCUCCCCAUAGCUCUACACCCGCCCUCUCACACUUCCUGUUCUCUUCCACAGUUCCACUCCAUUCCUCCCACACAGAACCACCCCAGUCAUCCCACACAGAACCACUCCAGUCCUCCCACACAUAACCACUCCAGUCCUCCCACACAGCCCAACUCAAGUCCUUUCAAAACGCUCCACUCCAGUCCACCCCACAGCUCCAACCAAUUUCCUCCCCCUACAGCCCCACACCUGCCCUCUCACACAGCUCCGCCCAUGUCAUCCCCCUACAGCCCCACUCCUGUCUUCCCCCCAUAA